CUCUGGCAGUAAACCUCGGCUGGCGACAGAAACCAAUCAGAGCGACAUCUUACUGAGGACAUCGAUCGGGAUUUAUUUAUCCGACGGAAACCACCAUCAGUCUGUCAAAUAACAACCUUCAGAAACCCCCGAGAGAAACGUUAACGCUUUUUGAAAUAUCGCCGACGACAUGGCUGAUUUUAGUAUCGACCAGAACAACCUGCCUGGCGUUAAAGAGGUGUGCCGGGACUUUGCUGUGCUAGAAGACCAUUGUCUGGCCCACAACCUUCAGGAACAGGAAAUUGAGAGCCACCUGGCAUCCAAUGUCAACAAGAGCCGUCUGGUUCAGCAGGACCUGCAGGUGGCCAAACGCCUGCAAGAGGAGGAAGACCUACGGGCAAAAGCCGUGAGCAAGAGACAACACCGACACUUUGAACGCAUCGACAAUGAAAUUGCUCAGGAAAUUCAAGAACAACUGGUCCGGCAGGCUGAACAACUGAGGCAACAGGAGGAGAAAGAUGAGGCCAUCGCCAGAAAGUUGCAGGAACGAGAGAUGAAAGAGGAGAGAAGACGACAAAAGCAGCUGGAUGCAAACUUGGAAGAGGAGUAUUAUGAAGACAAAGCCUUUCGACCUCCACUGGACUUGCGAGAGCAGCAUCCCGGUUUCACUUCUCCAGUUUACAGAAAAGAAAGGUAUCCCGACUACAGUCGUGGUCAUUUCCCAUACAACUCUCCUGACCCAGACAGAAAGAAAUACGAUACCCGUAGCCGAUAUCCAGAAAAUGACCCAGUUGGGUCUGGACAAUCAAGGAAUCCAGAGAGAUACCCAAAAGAUAGAAACAGACCCCUAGAUCUCAACUAUACGGAACCUUGCAGAAGAAAGAAACAGGAUAAAUUGGAUGAACCACGUUCUGCAAGAGGUGACAUGGAUCCUGCUGUGCACAGGAAAGAGAAGCCUCUCAGGGAUUACUCUGCUGGUUGGGACAGAGUCUGGGACAAGGAGAGGAACAGGGAUACAGAACUAGAAAGAGAUGGGCAGAGAACCAAAGAGAGGCCAAGGGACAGAGCAAGAAGUCAAGAUCGACUAUUAAGCGGAGAUGUCAACCGUGUCAACGAAAGGGACAGAAACGAAGACAGGGAGGUCGACAGAAAUAACUAUGAACAAGGUAGCAGAGACAGGCAAAGGGAUAGAGGCAGAGAUGGAAACCAGGAGAGACACAAAAGCAGGGACAGAAGCAGAGAGUGGGAGCUGGAUGAUUACGGACUUACCCCCAGUAGGGACCGUUCAGAAGACGGCCUGGAGUUGGAGGAUCACAAGAACAGGCAGAGGCUUUUGUCAGGUCCUAAAGAGGUGUUUGAGGAGGCUAGUCUCAGAGGUCACUCUAAUGAGGGUCGAUCCCCUCGCCAUUCCCCCAGAGACGGAGACAGGAAGGUUCGAGGAGAGUAUGGCGUGAGGGAAGCAAUGCAUGGAUUGGCUCACUUAGACCUACAAGAACUAGAGCUUAAAGACAUGGAGGUGGCACGCAGGCUACAGGAAGAGGAAAUCAAGGCAAGCAAAAUCGACAAACAAGCCGCCCAACUUGCACAAGAUGAGGAUUUAGCCAGGCGACUAAUGGAGAAAGAGAAAAGAGAGUAUAAUAGAUCAAGAGAGAAGGAGAAACAAGUGAUUGAGAGAAGACGAGCCGAGGUGGAAUAUAAGCCAGUGCAAGAAGAAGUUGUACGACCACGAAUGCGGGAAGAGGUGCGCAGCAGAGAGGACGAGUACCAGAGAGCACGUAACCACAAACCUGCAAGGCCGCCUCCACCUACACAGCACUAUGAGAACAUAAACCCGAGCUAUGCUUAUGAGGACAGCCCUUAUUCUCCUCGCCCUCCUUCAAGGCCAGACGCAGCAUACAAAGGUGCCUACUACAGACAGUGACCAUGAGCUUCUACUGUUGUCCAAUCAUGAGUUGCUCUUUUCUUCCUUUUACUUUCGAAGACGUCAUUAUGUAUCGAAGAUGAUUGGAGUCUGUGCUAAAUGUGAAAAUGGAUUGAAGUUGGAUUCGAGUUCUGAGGCUACCUGCAAAAAGCUACUGACACUUUAUUUUUUUUAGUUUAUCGCUCAUGUCGAGUUAGUUGAAGUUGUCACCAUGUGUUGUGAAAGAGUGUCUUUUCCCCUGGAGCUAUGAACUAUUAUGUGACAGGACGGUUCCUGUUGGCUUGAUCUUAUGUUCUUGUCUUAUUGUGGAUGACUGGACAGGAGGGACUCUACUGCACAGCUCUUUUUGGAUUGCCCAUUUUCUCUCUAUCCCUCUUGGCAAUGUAUUGCCAUACUAAGAUGACCAACAUUUGUUUCAUGCAACUUAUAUGACAUCUAUACUUGAGUCUUGAUUCCAUGUUUUAUUGAUGACCAGGAUGCAGCAGGAUGUGCAAAUUUCCAAGGAUACUUCAUGGUUUAAUCCAAAAUGGUGAUGUAUAACUAAGGAAAACACAUGCUUGAAUAUAUGAAGCACAAAUAUGUGCUAUAUAUUUAUUGAUUUUGUUUUGAGAUAAUAUAUAUAUUUUAUUUUUAUUUUCUUUAAAAAUGCAUUGAUGAUUGUUUCAGCCUUUCACAGAUUGAUCCUAAGGGACUGUUUGUUUACACCAGAAGUGAUCAAGUUCUCUGAGGCCUAUUUUAAAAGGAUAGUUCACCCCCACCCCUCUUUUUUUUUUUUUUUUUUUUUAUUCAGUCAACUCAGACUCAUGUUGUUCCAAAUCACUUUGUUUCUACCUUGGAAUAAUGAUAAAAUGUUCAUUUUUAUUGAACUAUCCUUUUAAUUCAAAGUUUCCACCCUGCUCGAACAAACCUCAUCUUGAUUAGCUGGUUCAGGUAUAUUUAAUUUGAAUCAGAAUUGAAGUCUCCAGACCAAUCAAAUAUCAAGGUGAGGCUGUCAAUGGUUUCUUUUUCAACUUUUGCCAUCAAUUCAUCAUUUAGCCUCCAUAUCAUUUGUGAGAGACUCCUUAUGGUCACUGUGGGAAAACAUACAGCUAGGGGUUGAGAGGCUCUGCCUACGGGUGCCUUUGGGUAAUUCGUACCCCAUACUUACAGUGUCCAUAGAGAUUCCCUUGUCUUUGUAGGUUCUUCGGGACUUAAAAAUAUGCUCCUGUGUUCAAGUGCAUGCUGGCUGAAUAUGAACAAAAUGGGGUUGACUAUUUGAAUCUUGUAUAAAAAUGUCCACAAAACACAGCUCUACAUCUCAUUUUUUUAUUUGAAUAUAUUUUUAUUUAUAAUAGAAAGAAAAUACACAAGCUUAAGGCAUGUAGUAGCAUUGCUAUUGGCACAGAUGUAAACAUUGUUUUCAUGCUUGCAUUAUCAUAUGUGGUUCAUAUUAAUAUCUCAAUGUUCUGAUUUACAGUGCUUUGUUAUUGUUGGUAAACGUCCAUUAAUCAGGAACAGACCAUCUUGCAGCAAAGGCAAAUAGAUCUAUGGAACCCCUAGAGCAGUGGUUCACAACAUUUUCAUAAUGAACGCCCCCCUACUUCAUUCCUUUACCUCAGCCGCCCCCAAUCAAUUGAAAGCGGAGACUUUUACAAUUACUUGUGUUAUUUGCUUAAUUUGCUCGAUGCAACUUCGAUGCAUUGCAUAAUUUAAAAGUUUUGUUAAUAAAUUCAGUAGGCUUUCACGAUUUGAAUGUGAGACCAAACCUUGCGUUUCUUGAAUUCAAGUAGACGGAGGGCUAUAUCUGUGCCCUUUAAAAUGAAACUUAUAAUAAAAGUGAUAUUUUUAAAAUUUUUUACAUUUGACUUUUUGAACAUUUUAAUUGAUUAAUUAAUUAACAGUGGUAUGUGUAACAAGACCAUAGUAAACACAUGGAAGCAUGGAUAUUCUUCACUACCAUGGUUAUAAAACAAACUAUAGCAUUUGUGUAAUUCUAGACAGUAGACCUAGUCUAAACGCAUGUAAAAAACAAAAAAACUAUAAAUAUAAGUUGAUACUUCAGAUGCGUCACUAGAGUUCAAAAUCGGAUGAACCGCGAUACAAAUGCAUACCAACUCGUAUAAUUGAGAACCAACAGAUAAACUCAAAGUCUAGAUCUUUUAAUGCGAAGUGGAACUUGAUGAUAGAUUUGAUUAUUAUGACUGAUAAACGCCCCUAUUUGAAGCCUAACACCCCCCUCUCUACUAUUUUUCACUCAGCGCCCUCUGGCAUCCUUUGAAAGACACCUGGGGGAGUGGAACCGCCCCUGUUGAGAACCCUUGCCCUAGAGGACAGAGAAGGGAUUUAAUUUCUGAAAUAAUUUUGUGCUCCCUUGCAGUAGUUUGUGUUUCGUAGCAGUAAGUUGUGAGUUUUCCUUGCAAAUAUGCUUGUUUUUCCCUUGUAAUAAGUUGUUCCCACAUAAUGUUUUUCAUUCCCUAGUAAGUUGUGCAUUCCCUUGUAAUAAAUGUUGCGUUCCCUCGUAAUAAGUUUUGCGUUCCCUUGCUGUAGUUUGUGUUCCCUUAUAAGCAGGGCUGGACUGGAAAGAGAAAUCGGCCCUGGAUUUUACAUAGAAACUGGCCUAAACGUUGCCCCCCAACGGUUGGGGGGCAACUGUUGGGUUGUUCGCUGUCCUUUUCUGCGUAUCGUGGCACCAUUUUGUGGCCCAUUCUGCAUAACGCGGCGGCUCAUUUGAGUUAUCGCGGCCCAUUUGGACCCGGUUCUCUCGAUGGUCAGUCCUCCCCCGAUUGGCCCCAAAGUGCGUUGGCCUGUAGUAAAUUCAUAGUACUAUCAACUAUUGCAAGGAAACACAACUAUUUCAUUAAAUACAUUUCCCUCCCUGUCUUUUAUUAAGGGGCUCCAUGCAGAUAAAAGCUGCAAACAUGUGUAGCUUUCACAAAAUGUAUCUGCAUAUAUUUCUGUCAGGGCAUCUUUUUUUUUUUUUUUUUUUUUUUACAAACCUUUGCAAACAUUCCAUAACAUUCUGCUGGAUUAUUAGUGCCUCUACAAGACCCGUGUUCGAUCGCCAGUGCUGAAAGCUACCGUCUUGUGCUCUCGAGAAUAUACUAGUUUGUGUUGGUGCAUUCCAGUAAAAGGCAUGGCCUGAAAUGUGUCCACGUAAAACAUUUAGGGACAAUCUAUAUCUGUUGCCAUGCUGCUAUGCUCAAACGAAAGCUGAUUUAAGAACAUUUUAAUGUGGAAUUGUAUGUGUGUUUUCAUGAUGAAGUGCAUGUAUAUCUUUUUUAGUGCUGUGUUAAUCCAGCACAUGUCAUGGUGCAUAUUGCUCUGUAGUAAUCGAACAGAAUAUUGUAUGUGGAAAUCUUGCUACAAAUGGGCUGGAUGGUCCUUCUGUGUCAAAUGUGCCAACAUUCAGGGAUUAAAACAAGUAUUAUGACUGAGGCUUCAACAAACAAAUGGGUUACCUUUUAGCACCUGGUAUGCCAUUCUGUAUGUAUGUAUGCGUGUGUAACCGAGCGAACAAGACUUUGGCGUUUUUCACUCAACGUAAAGAUGUGACAUCCAUGCCAGUUUGUUUUACAAUCGACUGCUGCUGGAAACAUUUUGUGACCAGCUACACAUUUUUGUAUCUUGCACAUUCUUUCAUAGCUUCCACUGGCCAACUGUAAAUACCAAAUAAAUGACUUUUAAAAGA